CGCGGGCACUCACCGCGGGCACUCACCGCGGGCACCCACCGCGCACCCACCGCGCUCACACCGCGCACACACCGCGCUGUCCGAGAGGGGCGCCAUGGAGCGCGCCUCAGCCUCUCCCCGCGAAGGGCGGGUCCGCUGGCCGGGGCUCCUGCUCGCGGCCGCGCUGGUGACCUGCUGGAGCUCGCCCGCCUCUGCCCAAAUCGCCGCCGAGGCGGUGCCGCCCCUCGUGGCGGAGGGCGAGAGCGUUCUUCUCGUGGCCCACAAGCUGCCUCAGAAACUCCAGGUCAUCUACUGGUACCGAGAGCGCGUGGCCCCGGACAAGGAGAUCGCGCACCUCGUCCUGUCCAGCAACACGACGGUGGGCGGCGCGGCCAGCACCGGCCGGGAGACGCUGCUCGCCAACGGGUCCCUGCUGCUCCGGAACGCCAGCCAGGGCGACGCGGGGCCCUACCUGAUAAACGUCAUCCACGCCAACUACUCCACGGAACAGGGGUCCGUGAGCUUCCAGGUGUUCCCCCCGCUCCCCACGCCCACCGUCACCAGCAACAACUCCAGCCCCGCGGAGGGCGAGGGCCCCGUGGUAUUGACGUGCGAACCCGAGACUCCGAACACCACCUACCUGUGGAGGAGAGACGGGGAAAUCCUCUCAGACGGCGACAGGCUGCAGCUUUCGGACAACAGGACCCUCACUUUGCUCACGGUCCUGAGGGCCGACAUGGGAUCCUACGAGUGUGAAACCCGGAACCCAGUGAGCGUCCGCCGAAGCGAUCCGCUCUUCCUCAACAUCACCUAUGGUCCGGAUGCCCCACUCAUCUCCCCCCCAGACACUCACUUCCCUCUCGGGGCCAACCUCAGCCUCUCCUGCCACGCGGCCUCCAACCCGCCCGCGCAGUACUCCUGGCUGGUCAACGGGACGCUGCAGGCACACUCGCGGGAGCUCUUCCUUCCCAACGUCACCACCGAGGCCAGCGGCUCCUACGCCUGCCUGGCCCACAACGCCGCCACAGGCCUCAACAGGACCGCCGUCAGGAACAUCACAGUCCUCGAGCCGGUGACCUGGCCCGUCAUCGAGGUCGCCAACACCACAGUUAAGGAAAUGGACUCCGUGCUCCUGACGUGCCUCUUCAGCGGCAGCGAAGUCUCCAUCCGCUGGCUCUUCAACGGCCAGAGUCUGAGGCUCACGGAGAGGGUGACGCUCUCCGGGGACAACAGCACCCUCGCCAUCGAGCCGGUGUGGCGGGAGGAUGCCGGGGACUACCAGUGCGAGGCCUCCAACCCGGUCAGCACCAAGAAGAGCAACCCAGUCCGGCUGGCCGUGAUAAUUGACCCAACACGCGGAAAUUCUGGCCUGUCCGGGGGCGCCAUCGCCGGCAUCGUGGUGGGGGCUGUGGCCGGGGUGGCUCUGGUGGGAGCCCUGGCGUAUUUCCUGUAUUUCAGGAAGACUGGCGGGGGAAGUGACCAGCGAGAUCCCACAGAGCACAAACCCUCAGCCUCCAGACACAAUCUGGGCCCCUCUGACAGCUCUCCUAAGAAGGUGGAUGACGUCACAUACUCUGCCCUGGACUUCAGUGCCCAGCAGCUGAAAGAACCAACGUCAGCCUCUCCAUCUCCAAGUGCCACAGAAAUCGUUUAUUCGGAAGUAAAAAAGAAGUGAGCAAAGUCUGUCUGCUGGCCGCACCUACGGUGCAUUCCCAGAAUUCCUCCUCCACAAGCCCUGGGGAGGGGGACACACACACACACACACACACACAGACACACACACACACGCACACACGCGCACACACGCGCACAGGCACACACACACACACACACACACACACACACGCACGCACACACGCGCGCACACACACACGCACAGUGUGGCAGCUUUGGGCUGCAGCCUCUCCGUCAGUGUCAACAGAAGAAGAGGGAUGCCCUGGAGCCUGCAGGAGGCCCAACCCUCCUUGGCAGAGGAGAGGUGCCAACCCCGCCUUGGCUUUCCUGGAGUUGGAGCACAUUCAUCCCUCCCCCAACUCCAAGUCCUGCAUAGCAGAGUCUUACUUGAAGCUCCAUGACCUUGGAGGUCGCCUAAGCAAGGACUGGCCGCGCCCACGUCAAGCCUGCGAAGGCCCGCACCCGGGAAGGACAGCUGCAGCCCGCACGCCGUGGCGCCCAGCCCGCCCUGCUCCGAGCCUUGUCCCGGAAAACCCACUCAGAGCAGCAAGAAAGGGCCUUGGCCUUCCUUCCAGGGGAGGAAGAGCAAGACCAGGUCUCUAACCCCCAGUCGGAAGGGGCCCCGGAAAGCUGGCUGGCGGUCUUCUGGAACCUGAAGAGGAAUCUGAGAAGAUGCCUGGCAGAGCAGCGACGCCGUCCUAAAAGAAGCUGCAUCUGGCGUGCAGAGUUUUCCUCUCUGAGAGAACCCACUGUUUGGGUGUUGCAGCUGCUGGCUGGCCUCGCCAGUGAGCUGAUCCGUCUGCCGUCGGGGAAGGAACCCCUGAGCGCCUGUCUCCCUCGGCCUCUCCAGCCAUGAGUUCCGAACCAAAAUAAAUGAGCGAACAGCGAGGCGGUCACUUGCAGACCCGCCGUGGGUCAGGCCAAGCCUCCUGCUUUUCUGAAUGGGUCAGAAACGCCUGCCUUUCCCUCUUUCCAUAGUUGUUUUUUUUUUUUUUUUUUUUUUUUUUUUUCCAGACACUGGUCAGAGCCUGGGCAAUUGUUCUCUGACACUUUGGGCUUCCUCAUUUUUCCCCGAGGCUUUUCCACACCCACCUGUGCAGGCUGCCAGCUGACCUUGGGCCUGACUCAAAGGCCAUGCCCCUCUGCUCCAGGCCAACGCUGACAUUUCCAGUUUGUCUGCUUUAGUGUUUUUCUUUUAAACUCUAACAAAACUUUCUUCAGCUUCAAAAAAUAAAAUAGUGGCAGGCUUUCCUCGUCUGCACCAGAUUGAGAUCUAAUGAAGUUCCUGGAGUCCGGGGGCCUCCAGCUGCCCUCUGGCUAGGCAUUCAUUUCCCUUUCUCCUUUCUCCUUGGCUCGCUCUUUCCUGCCUGCCUGCCUGCCUUCCCUCCUUUCUCUUUUCAAGAGAGUUUUAGCAUGUGUCCUGCGCAGGCUCCAUCUCACAGUUCUGCGUUCUCAGCCUCCUGCCAGCUAAGAUCAGUGCGGCCACUGGGCCGGAUCCCCGCGCACCCCGGCUGCCCUGCAUUCUCAGGAACCUUGGCCUCUGCUCCUAGGUGUCUGGUCAUGUGGCGUGUGCCAUUAAAGGGACAGUCACUCAAGCGAAGAUGGGCGUCGUUUACAACACUGUGCAGCGGGCUCUGCUGGGAACGUGGGCUGUCAGCGGGUGCUCUUGCCCAGCCCUGGCCUUUCCGCAGCCUCGGCAGCCUGCCCCACCUCCCCCAAGCUGGGAUGGUCCCAGCACAGCAGGAGAGCCGCGCAGUCUCAGGAAUCUUCUGUCAGGUUCGCCCUCCCUGGGCGCGGUACAGAGGGUAUUAAGUGUCCGGCCUCACGCCGUGCCUAACGGGGCUCCCCAGAGAAUUGGUGAAGAAUUUUCCUACUCAGGGAUUUCUCUCAGGGAUUUCCAGCCCAAACGCAGCCUGUCUGUCUUGCUUCACCCGUGCUGUGCAGGGUUAUUUAAUUUUGCCUGGACUAGAGACAGAUCUGGGUGUCUGUAAACUUGCCCUAUGUCCGUAAUAAAUAAUUAUCCUGUGUCUCCGCUCUC